GGCGGCGGCGAUGGAGGGGCGUCGGUGGUCGGCGGGGCUGAGCGCGGCGGUUCUGCUUACGUUGCAGGCCCUGGUCUUCGCGCAGGAGCCCAGCUGCAGCCCCAGUCAGUUCCUGUCGAACAGCAGGUGCUGCAGCAAAUGCCCACCAGGCCACAAGGUGGCAGCUGCCUGUUCGGGGGAGUCGAAUACCACCUGCACCCCAUGUGAGGAGGGUCACUUCCAGGCCAACUGGACUGGGGAGUCUCACUGCACCCCGCUCCACCACUGCCGCCUGAGUGCUGGCCUGCUUGUCCAUCGGAACGGGAGCAAGGAGCGAGACGUCCUCUGCCGUUGCCGGGAGGGGACCCACUGUUCCAGCCACGAGUGCGAGACGUGCCUGCCCCACACCUCCUGUGGCGCAAGGGAAGGGGUCCAACGGGAAGGCAACCACGUAAAUGACACUCUGUGUGCCCCCUGCUCUUUGGGCCACUUCUCCAAUGUCUCGUCCUCCACAGCUCGGUGCCAGCCCUGGAGCAGGUGCCAGGAGGGGCAGGUCCAAAAGGCAAACGGCACUCAGGCAACGGACGUCGUUUGUGAGGCCUCCCCCUUGAAGCCCCCCGAGGCCAGGAAGAGCCACCUGCUGCCGCUGCUGCUGCUGCUUCCUAUUGCCUUCCUGCUGGGGGCGCUCCUUUUCCUGUGGCAUCGACGUGGCAACUGUCCUCGGAAGCGGCACCAGGAUCUGCCCCCGGAGCCCACCGAGAACGAAGAGGACUGCCCUGCCUUCCCCACCCAGGAGACCCUGCUGGGGGAGCAGGCGGGCAUGCAGGAGAAGGACUGCCAUCUUGCCCAACAGGAGCAGGUCUGACCAGGAAGCCACGGGGAUGCCAGGCCAGCUGCACAGCCGAGCCACCCGCCCACCUGGUGCCUCUCUGCACCCCGUGCCCAGCAGCCUUGACAGACUCCCCAAAGGGCAAAAGCUUUCCUCCAAGGGCACCUGGAUCCUGCCGCCAGUUGUACCAAGCUCUCUUCCUGCGGAGAUCCCGGGCACCCCCGGGCAGGGGCCCUGGGUGGAAGCAGUGCAGCCUGUGGGCCGGAUUGCCCCUCCUGGGAGCCCAGAGGUCUUUCUGCCCAUCAGAAUGACUGCACUACGCAGAGACGAGCAGGAGCCCCAAAGACUGGCAUACUGUAGCCUCCCAGAUGUAAGGAAAGGCUGUGGCUCCACAGAGCCCCCCCCCCUCUACUCCACCAAGAUCUGCUACCUCAUGGGGAGCUGCAGGGAGCCUUUCUCCUCUUUCCCAGCCCCACAGAACGAUCCGGGUUGGGGAGCAGCUGAGCUGGGCUCAGGAGAAGGGGGCUGGGGACAAGGCCUGGGCUCUGCUACGCAGGCUGCCCCUUCUGGCGGCUCCUCUCUGCCCUUCAGGGGAGGAACAAUCCCAGCAGGCCGAGGUUUGAGUCAAGUGUGGGUCUCAGCCAGGGGAGGGAAGCCCCCAGCCCCCUCCUCCCUCGCCCAGAUCUGCAGAUGGGUUGGCUCUGCAGGGCUUCCACUGAACCCCGAAGCAAAAGGGGGACAAGGGAGCAGGUGAGUUCUUGGGAAGGCAAGUCCCGGGGGGGGGGGGGAAGAGUUGUCCUUGGUGGUUUCCUGGAGCAGCGGCUGGUCCUGCUGGGUGUGGGGUCGUUGGUGGCAGGCAGCUCUCCUGCCCACACCUGCCCUCCCAACAUGGUUGGGGUUUGAGGUCGCAGCCUUUGGGAGGCCUCCGAGUCCCCCUUGCUUUCCCACCUGCGUGUUUCUCGGACAGCAGCUCUGUUGGACUUUUAUAAAUCUGACCUUUGGAAAAGCA